AGCUGGCUGUCAAAAGUUGUCAAAUUUGCGUACUUUUUGAAAAUUCGUGCUAGCGCGAGAAAAACAAACAGAAUUCUUAUUAGAUUGCUAAUUUCAAGGUCUCACUCGCCGGUUGAAAAACAUUUACCGGCGCCGCUGCCUGUUACGUAAGUUAUAACUGUUUACGUAAUUCAUAGGAAUAGUGACGCGGUAUAACCUUGAUCAUGACUGGAAGCGUUUGGGCGUUUAGUCGCGCGUUAUCGUCAAUAAAAACUCGUUUGAUAAGUAAAGAACUCGCCAAUAUCGGUGUGCCGUUCAGCGCAGUCAGGUGCUUUUCAGUUACACAGGCUAGAAAUAUGAAGCUCGUACAGUUUACUUACAACACCAAACCGGACGAGGUUAGAGCGGGUUAUAUAGAGGGAGACGACGUAGUAGACCUGAAUAAAGCUGACGGGUCCCUUCCUCUGAAGUUGGUAGACAUCCUGAAGUUGGAUUGUGCUGUAGAAAGGAUUUCUCAAAUAAAGGCUAAAAAGCCUCAAGGGGUGCCCCUAAGUGGAAUCAGGUUGGAGGCUCCCAUCACAAACCAGGAUAAAGUGAUUGGCGUCGGCCUGAACUAUCUGGACCACUGCAAAGAACAGAACUUAACACCACCAGAGGUGCCGAUGAUCUUCAGCAAGUUCUCCAGCGCGAUUAUUGGGCCUAAUGACGCUGUGAAGUUGAGGACUGAAAUCACACAGAGUGUAGAUUGGGAGGUGGAACUAGCGGUGGUCAUCGGCAAGGAAUGCACCAUGAUCGACGCCAAGGACGCCUACAAUUACGUGCUAGGGUACACCGUGGCUCAGGACAUCAGCGCUCGGGAUUGGCAGAAGAAGAAAAAUAGCGGCCAGUUCAUAUUGGGGAAGUCCAUGGACACCUUCUGCCCCAUUGGACCCUGGAUCGUCACGGCAGACGAGAUCAAAGACCCUCAAUGCCUGGACAUCAAGUGUACCCUCAACGGCGUGGUGAAGCAAAACAGCAACACCUGCCAGCUAAUACACAAGAUACCUGACGUCAUCGCUAGACUGGCCUCAGUGAUGACUCUAUACCCUGGGGACAUCAUCCUAUCCGGGACACCAGGAGGCGUUGGGAUGCACAGGAACCCACCGGAAUUCCUCAAGCCGGGAGACAAGCUGAUCAGUGAAAUACAAAGCAUUGGCACUUUGGAAACUAGAGUCGUGAAAUUCGAUCAGUGCGGUUGUAAGUAGGAAUAGAAGCUGUUCGAUUAUACAGGGUGACUUUUAAAUCGUU